AUGGCUUCAGUUUUGGAAAGACCCACUUGUGAUGGUGUCUUAUGUUUUGUUUCAGACAUGAACAAUCCUUCACCAUCAAUGGGAGUUGGGCAAUCUCACCAGAACCCAGUUAACCACAACAGACCUUUUUUCUAUGUUCAACCACCAUCUCAACCUUAUUUCUUGUAUCAGUGGCCAUUGGAGCUAUAUGGCUUUCCAGGGCCAGCUGUGCAGUUUGGACGUCCCUGUAUGGCACCAUAUCAGUUUUUACAGUAUCCUGGUUAUGUGGUCCCACACGCACCAGUGCAACCAGUUGACUACAGAAGAAUGACCCCUCAUUUCUCAACAGUUGCAUCUUUUGACCUCCGUUUCCAGCACCUCCAGCAGGCCAGUGUACGGCGGGAGACCGCAUGCUCUGAGGCCCAGACAGACCCCGGUGACCCAGUCCAAAAGCUGGUAGACAACCUGGAUCAUCUCAGUACUAGUGAACAACCUGCAGAUCAGGGACCAAAUGCAGAGAUGGUGUCCUCAACCCCUGGUGUAAAAAUGAGUCGUCGAGAGGAGGGCAGGCCUGAUUUAGAUGUAGACCCAAAAUUUGACCCACUGUGCCAGAGAAUGCAGACCGAUAACUGCGAGCAGGGGGCCGUCGCGUUGCCUUCCACGUUGAACGAUUCAGCGGUUUACGAGGCGGAGUCCAUCCCCGGCCGAUUGGAGGAGUGCGUGUUGUCGGACGUCCUGCCCCUUGACAGCUCCUCGGUCCUGGAAGGAAGCCUCCCUGAAGGGUGUGGCGGUGAUGGAUUGAUAGGCUCUCAGAAUGAGAGGGCUGAGGCAAAAGAUGCCGAGGACCUGGUGGAUAGUGGAUGUGGAAGCCAUCAAGAAAAGGUUGACAAAUAUGGAACCUUCUCUGAAGGCAUGGAGCUUAAAGAGAUGUCUGUCUGUCUGCCUGAAGAGGGAAAAGUGACAGUUUUGCAUGCUACUGGCUCAGCAGAAGGAGCUGAACGGCUUGUGGAGUUGGAAUCUGUGGAAGAGCUGCCUUAUCGCAUUCUGCGCCUUCCCUGCAACAGAAUGACAACAGGUUUUGGUCUAAAAAAUGAAGACCCACCCUUGUAUAUGACCCCUGCAUCUGCUCUUUUGCCUUGUCAAAGUUACUUUUCCUCACUUGGUGAGACCUACAGCUACUAUCCACAGGUGACUCAUGAGCGUCAAAGUGUCCUUAGUCCAUCUAUAGAUGAACUCUCGUCCAGAGAGGAAAUGUUCUCCACUGAUGUGGAAGACAUAGACCUCAUGUCCGGCCCUGUUUAUAUGGGUGGUGGUAGACUGGCUGAAACUAGUGAUGCACCCAUCCAUGUUAGUGGCGAUGAUGAGCUAAAUGGAGCCUGUGCAGAGAGUUGUUCUAUAUGCCUGAAGACCUGCGUUUCGUGUGGAUCGAGUCUGCCAGAAGAGGGAAUAGAAGGCAAAGAAACGGGGCACGGCAUUUACCCUGGGAGAGAUUUCACCGAGGUGUUGGAGCAAGGUGAUUGUGAUGAUGAACUUGGGGAGGAGGACAUGAUGGGACGGGAUGAUUUUGAAUUGCAGAGAAGAAUGCUUGCGAGGACGCAUCCCUGCAGGCAUUUGAUGCCAUCUUGUGGUCAACUGCUUUCUAAACACAAACCCAAGAAGGUGUAUUGUGAGGACCACGAUGAAAUGGCUCUAUCUCAGAGAGGUCAGGGCUGUGUCAGAGGACAGGAAUGCCGUGAGGUGCAUAAAUCCAUGGCCAAAAUGGACAGGCACAAAGGGAAAGGUCAAAGAUGCUCCCAGUCCAGACUUGGUAAUGUGAAGCCCUCGCGCAAGAUGCAACAGAGGCCCAGGAGACAUGAAUACGAGGACCACGAGGAGGUACAGUUUCUCCACUGCCAAAGGGGCAGAGAUUCUGAGUCUUGA